AGGGACUAGAGAGCAGGAGAAGAAGGGCGGAAGGGUUCUGUUCUUCCAAUUUUUUCCACAUUUCCCGAUUAAACGCUUCCCUUUCUUCCUCCUCCAACUCCUCUGAUGGAGGGUGAAACGGGGCCCAACGCAGUUGCUGCCGCCGACACCGCCAUCGUUUCCACCGUGGCAUCUCCGCCCCUUCAUUCCGAUUUCAUUCCCGUUGGAUCUCCCGAUGACACGCUGCCUGAGCCUGAGGUUCAUGCUUUGCCGUCUGAUGAGGAUCACGACCAUGAAGACGACGCCGAUGUAGAACGCGAUCAAGUUCAAGAUCACCCGUCUGGGUCCGCGGAUCAAACCGAAGACCUCAAGCAGAGGAUCAUUAAACAGGUGGAAUACUACUUUAGCGAUGAAAAUUUGCUCACAGACAAACAUAUGUUAGGUUUGAUCAAGAAGAACAAGGAAGGGUUUGUUCCUAUCCAAAUUAUUGCUUCCUUCAGGAAAUUGAAGAAGCUUGCUCGGAAUCGGGACCUUUCGUAUAUUGUUGCUGCACUCAGAGAGUCUUCCUCUUUGGUUGUGAGCUCAGAUGGAAAGAGGGUGAAGCGUCAUCAUCCUUUUCCAUUUGCUGAGGUUAAGGAUCCAAAGUUAUGCUCUGUUCUGGUUGAGAAUCUUCCAGAGGAUCACUCAGUAUUGAACAUCCAACGAAUAUUUGGUGAAGCUGGGAAGAUAAAAAAUAUUUCCAUUCGUGAUCCACAUGCUGUGGAAGAAUCAAAAAAACGAAGCAAAGCAGAUAUUCUAAUCAGUAGCAAGUUACACGCUGUUGUUGAGUACGACACUGUUGAGGCUGCAGAGAAAGCUGUGGCUACAUUAAAUAAUGAACAGGACUGGAGAAAUGGCAUGCGAGUUAAGCUUCUUAAGCGAAUGGGCAAGUAUGGACAGAGAAAACAGGCCUGGAGGGAUGCUGAUGCUGAAAAGAAUAGCACUAGCCGUCCAUCUAAUCAAACAGAAGAUGAGAAUCAUCACUGUAGUGAGCACCAUGACGAUACACCUGAUGAAGAGGAUGGGGAGCAUUUAUCUAAGGAAAAGAAUGGACAGAGAGUUCGAAAUUGGGGACGACCGAGGAGGAACAAAUAUCGUGCCACUAAUGGCUUGGGUCAUGGAACUACAUCUGCAGCUCAUGUUGUUGAACCAUCGAAGCCACCUCCUGGCCCUAAAAUGCCUGAUGGAACCAGAGGUUUUACAAUGGGAAGAGGCCGGCCUCCUGUACCUAAUGAAAAUUAGCAAAUGGUAGGAGAAACUAAGUAUGUAAUGGCGUCUUUAAUGGAUUUAUGUAGCAAGGGAAAAUGGAAGUGUGGUGUUUGUACUUCUGCUUUGUUUUAACUGUAUUGCAUUCUGGUUUGGACAUGAACAACAAUUCAGCAGUACAAUUACCAUAAGCAUGUUAUUGUA